AUGGCCAAUUCUCCUCCUGCCUCUCCUAUUCCCACCGGCCAGCCGCGUCCCAUGAGCGCAAUGAUUCGACCUCCACGAAGCAACAGUCGCAUGAGUAUGAGCAGCAAACAGGGCGGUAGCAGGGCUUCAGAUGAGGAUACAAAGACGGCGGUGAAAGUCGCUGUUCGCGUUCGCCCGCCAUUGAAGUCCACCGAUCCAGGAUUCGAGUUGAUUCCACAGCGCUUUCAACGGUCAACAGUCCACGUCACAUCACCAACCAGCGUUGCUGUCGAUGCUCCGCAAGGUCGCAAGCUGUUUGUAUUCGAUAGAGUGUUUGCGGAAACAGUGGACCAGGAAGGCAUUUGGGAAUACCUACAGGACAGCGUCAACUCUUUCGUACAGGGUUACAAUGUUUCAAUUCUCGCAUACGGCCAGUCUGGCGCUGGCAAGUCUUACACCAUGGGCACAUCUGGUCCGACAGAGCAGAGCGACCAGAAAGUUAUGGGUUCAACCGGUUUACGGACCCCAACACGAUAUUCCGUCAAUUCGUCAUUGCCCCAUUUCGGCAAGGGUGUUUUGGAUAAAAGUUGGCAGCUGAAAGCCACUUAUGUAGAGAUUUAUAAUGAACAACUCAGAGACCUCCUCCUCCCUGAUACCACACCCCUUGCAGAGCGAGGUUCUGUUACCAUCCGCGAAGAUACCAAGGGACGGAUCCUACUCACGGGCCUGCACCAGGUCAACAUCAACUCAUUCGAGGAUCUUAUCGGGGCUCUGAAUUUUGGUUCCUCUAUUCGACAAACGGAUGCCACCGCGAUCAACGCGAAAUCCUCCCGCUCGCACGCUGUGUUUUCUUUGAACCUAGUCCAGCGCAAAGAUCAGACCUCGAAUCUGUCGACGCGUGAAAAACGAUUAUCGAUGCCUGUCGAAGCCCUCUCUGGAGCUGACAUAUCAAUUACCGUGGAUAGCAAAUUGCACUUUGUUGACCUUGCCGGUAGCGAGCGCUUAAAAAACACUGGUGCAUCUGGAGAACGGGCCAAGGAGGGAAUAUCAAUUAACGCUGGUCUUGCUAGUUUGGGCAAGGUCAUUUCACAACUUUCAUCGAGACAGGCCGGUUCCCACGUCUCAUACCGCGAUUCUAAGCUCACUCGACUACUUCAAGAUUCACUAGGUGGCAAUGCGAUCACUUAUAUGAUUGCCUGCGUUACACCUGCCGAGUUCCACCUUAGUGAGACUCUAAACACCGUACAAUUAAAAGCUGAGGUAGCAUUUUUGCGCCAACAGAUCAACAAUUCCGAGGGCGGGGAUAGAAGGAGCAAUGUCCCCCAAGAACGCGCAGAACGUCAAAAUGAAAGAGAAAUAGAACUACAGAAUCACCUUUUGGAUGUUCAAGAGAGCUAUACUGCACUAAGCCAGCGACAUGCCAAACUGAUCUCAGAACUGACAAAGGCUACUGAUUUUACUGGGGAUACUGACGACCUACAAAAUCUGCUUGGUGAUAGUGCGAUGGAAAGGCUGAAGCGCUCCCAUUCAUUCGCAGAGUCUGUCGAGCAAGUGGUAUUGGAGUAUGAGAAGACAAUUCAAAGCUUGGAAUCAUCGUUGUCAAACACACGCUCCUCACUGUCCAACACUGAAAGCAGCCUUCUAGAAAAGGAGACCAAGUGUGCCUAUAUUGAGACUGUAAAUGCCCAGCUACAGGCCCGUAUUCAGAAGAUGAUGGAUCGUGAAGCAAAUACUGAACAUUACCUACAUGAGCUCGAGUCCAAACUUGAUGGCCAUACCACUGGUGAAGAGAAGAACGCUGCUAUUAUUGCUGAGCUACGCAAGGAAAUCGCUCGUGCGCGUGAAAAUGAAGCCAGCUGUGAAGACUACAUAUCGACACUGGAGGAACGACUGGCGGAGGCUGAUCAAGACAUGGAGCUGAUGCAACGCGAAAUGGAUAGAUUAGAGCACGUUAUAGAUCGCCAACGCAGCCUGGGUAAACUUGAUACCCUAUUGUACGAGCUCGACCAUAUCCAACAGAAUGGCGCUAAGUCGGAUGAUGGCAAAGGGGACACUCUCAACCACACAUACACUCACACCGCUCCUGUUGCGGGUAGGGAACUCCCGAAGACCCGAAAGCGGGGCCUAUCUCAAUCUCUCGAUGUGCUGAUGGAGGCUGUUGAAACUGCUAUUCCUGAAUCAGAUGAUGAUUUCGGAGAGAUUCCUCCAGAGUCUGGGUCAGGCCCUUCCGAACGAGAAGAGGUGGGAGCUCGUAACGGCGAAGUUGAUGACAACGACGGACUGAAGACGCUGCAGAAAGCCUCUGGAGAGAGCAAUGGCCAAAAUCUAACCACAGACCACGAUUACCCUCCACAGAGCCCUGCUCAGUCCCGGUUUGUUGCGGAAAAGCUGGAGGAUGUGACGCAAGAACUGUUUGAACUUAGAAUACAGCACGAGACCACCACCAAUGAAUACGAUCUUCUUCAUGCAAAAUAUGAAGAGGCCCUUCGCACCCUUGCUGAGCUUCAGGAUGCCGUUGAUGAGGCUCGCCAUCCUGCGAAUGCGGCUGCUGCUGCAACUCCGAUGACCAGCUCUCGGCCAGUGUCUUUUUUAGAAGACUCGAGAUUACAGGCGCUCAGGUCUGGCGGACAGCCUUCAUCUUCGCGAUUACUCUCCUCGGAGUUGUCCUUGGCCGAGCAGUCAGCUAUUACACAGGAGCACUCAGAGAACGGGCACCAGGGCAAUUCCGACCUACAAAAUGCAUUCGACACGGAUGAGCCUAAUCAUACUGACGUGGAAAAUAUGCAGAAGUUGCUACAAGAACACCAGCACGGCAUGAGCUUAGUGACGCAGAAAUAUGCCCAGCUCCAGUCGGAACAUGAGGAGACCUUGAACCUGGUUGAAGAUCUGAAACAGGAGCUCCAGCGCACAAAGUCUUCCUCGCCCACGACUCCGUCACCCAAGGCUCAGGUGAUCCGACGCAUGACCAGUCAGAACAUGACAACCGUUGACCGCGCACAUCGCUCUCUCGCGUCUCUGAGGAACAUUGCCACCGAAGAAUUUGAAGGCAAGCCCGAUACCAUGCAGACUUUCGAAGUCAGCCUCAACACUGCAAUGCAUGAGCUGCACAUUCGCAUGGAGCGAAUUCAAGCUCUUGAGGCUGAGAACAAGAAUGUCAAGAAGGAGAUGGAGACCAAGGCAACUAUUAUUUCCGGUCUGACCAGGGAACGAUCUAGUCUUUCCGGUUCGUCGCCGAUGGAUAUCUCUGUAGUCUCACAGAUGCGGGAUCAGAUCCUGCAGCAUGAGAACCAAAUCAAGGAGAUGCAGGAAGCGCAUGAUGCCCGGGAGAAGGAAUUGACAGCUAAAGUUCAAAGUUUGAACGAGUUGUUGGGGACACAGAAGGCUCUAGUGUUUGAGAAAGAUGAACAGAUUAUUGCUCAGAAUCAAAAGAUUGUACAACUUGAGGAAGCAAACUCCGAUUGGGAAAUCAAACACCAAGGCGUCUUCGAGUCUUUGCAAUCGUCUGAAAAUAAACUUCAAGCCACCCUUGUUGAACUGCAAGCUGCGCUGGCGGAGCGAGCGGAAUGGCAGAGCAAACACCGUACCGCGGCUGAAUCUCUCCAAUCUUCUGAAAAGCAGCUACAAAACACAAUGGUCGAGUUGGAAGCUGCUCUCGCUAAUAUUGACGCCCUGCGAAGUGAGCGCAACGAAGUCGAGGGAGCCAGUGCGGAUGAAAUGGCUGCAGCUGCGAAAAGCCUUGAGACUGCCCGGGUUAAAAAUCAAGAGCUUGUGGACGGUCUUAAGUUUAAUAUUGAAGAGCAGAAAAGCACAAUUUCUACUCACUUGUCCACCAUCUCCGGAUUGGAAUCGUCUCUCGCCGCCGCCAAGGAGGAGAUUUCUCAACAUGAGAACGACGGCCGUUCAAGCAAUAGUGAAUUGGAGUCAUACCGUGCUCGCGUUGCUGCUUUAGAGCAAGAGAUCGAAUCCCACAAAGCUACCGUUGAGGCGCAGAAAGCGGAACUUAUGUCCCUACAAGAGGCACACAAGCAAGAGCUGGAGGAGCUAGAGGUCAAGGUCAAGGCUGCUGCUGAGGCACAACAUGAAUCACGAAUGGCGGAGGAGAACGUUCGCAAUGAGCAGGCUGUUAGCGCUCUACGAGCGGAAAUCUCUGCAUCCAAAAACGAACUGGCGAAAUUGUUGUCUGGUGUCACUGCAGCUUUGAAUGCUCCUGUCACCGUCAAUAGUCUCCAGGAGCAAAUUGAAGACCUCCUUUCUCAGAAACAGCAAUUCGCUGAGAAAUACUCUGCACUGUUCGAUACCAAUGAAGAUCUCGUGAAAGAAUUGGAGACGAAGACAAGCAGCCAUGCCAAACUCGAGAGACAAUUCACCGACCUGACGGAGAAGUCCAGUCGACACGAAGCCAAGAUGACGGAGCUUGCUCAUCUCGUUGCUAGCCAUGAGGAUGCUCUCAAGGAGAAAGAGGAUCUCAUCAAGAAAAAGGACGCGAUUAUCAAUGAGAUCACCGUUGAGAAACAGAAGAGUGCCCGCCUCGUGGAGGAGCUGGAGGAGCAGAUUACAAAUACCUUCGAUCAACAUCAUAACCGCCUUUCUGUGAUUCAACAAGAGAGACACCAAGCGCUUGAUGAGGCGAAUCUCAAGAUUGGGAAUUUGGAGAAAGAGAUCGAGAGUUAUCGGAUUCGUAUUGAGCAACUGGAAAACCAGGGUCAAAUGCGGAACGGUGAUGCACCGUCAUCGAUCGAUCGCACUGGCUCCAUGACGUCGAACCUCCGAAAGAGUGCAUCAGCAGCAUCACUACCGUCGCCUCCGCCGGCCAUUCCUCUCCCCCCUCUUCCAAACAUCGCCGCGCAGACUGGAAGCAUAUCCCCACCCAGCUCACGACAUACCAGCAAGGAACUCGUCAAUGCCCAGCUCGUUGAAGACCAGGAAGCGCGCAUCCGCACGAUCGAGAAGCACCUACACGCCGAGAAACAACUAACUGCCACUCUCGAGGAAGCACUGGGCGAUCUCGAGGCUCAGAGCAACAAAGUGAAGACGGAGAUGGAGGCGUGGAAGAAGAAGGCAUGGCAGUACGAGGACGAGCUGACGCAGUUACGGUCUGAACGGAAUUCAACGAGAUUGUCCAUCCAGGCAGUAGAGGAGGAACGGAAUGCACGGCGGGAGGCGGAGGCUGCGCGGGCGCAUUUGGAGGAGAAGAUGAAUGCGAUUAGUAAGAAAAAGAAGAAGAGUACGCUGAACUGUUUUUAG